GGAAAAAGGAACUUAAAACUCCCUUAGCUGAGGCCACCACAAAGCUUGAUCUAGCCCACUCCAGCAUUACGACUGACUUGUCGUUCGCUGGCAAGCAAGAGCUGCUGUACGAUGCGAGGAAAUAGCAAGAAUUAAGGGCUAUCCUACUGAAAGGACGGCUAUUAUUCCAGGAACUGCAGUGCAAACUGGAUGGAUAUACUUGGCAAAGCAUGGACUUUUUUAACACUUCUGGUUUUCUGUGUAUUCAGCCUCCUGCUUUCAGGUAAUGUGGAGGCCGCACUUGACUUGGUAUUGAUCAAUUCACUCCCUACCGUAGCCGAUUCGGAGACAUCGCUCAUCUGCGUCACAUCUAGAUGGUGUUCCCCGGACUCUAUCAAAAUUGGGAGAGACUACGUGUCCUUGAUGAAUCAGCAUCCAGAUGCCCUGGAGGUGACAGAAGACGAGGGGUGGGGAAUAGCAAAGAAGGUAGUAUGGCCAAGGGAAAAGUCUGGUGAAAGCAUUGGCGCCUACUACUGUGAAGGCAAAUUCAAAGAUCAAGUGAGGAGGAUACUUACCAUGAAGAUGCAGCAAACAGCUUCCUUCCUUCCAGAGGCUUUAACAAUCACAGCCAACAAGGGGGAACUCGUCAACAUUCCCUUCAGCCGAACGGUUGUUAAGGAGGAGGAUGCCGUCAUCUACAAAAAUGGUACUUUCAUCUAUUCGGUCCUCAAGCACGAAGUUCCCCCUGUGCUACAAGUGCCUCUCACCCCGGUCCAGCUCUCCGAUGCAGGCGUCUACUCUGCCAGAUACAUUGGAGGAAGCCACUUCACUUCGGCCUACACUCGGCUGAUAGUACGAAGGUGUGAAGCUCAGAAAUGGGGACCAGAAUGCAACUCUCCCUGUCCAGACUGCCAGAACAGUGGCAUCUGCCAUGAAGAUACCGGAGGAUGCAUUUGCCCGCCAGGCUUCAUGGGGAAAACAUGCGAGAAGGCUUGUGGAGAAAACAGAUUCGGAAGAGCUUGCCAAGAAACCUGUAAGGCAAAAUCAGGUUGCAAGUCUUUUAUGUUUUGCCUGCCUGAUCCAUAUGGCUGCUCAUGUGCAUCAGGAUGGAAGGGACUCCAGUGUGACAAAGCUUGUGAGCCUGGUUCUUAUGGGCCAGAUUGCAAACUGAAGUGUAACAACUGCAGUAACCAGGGAAUGUGUGACAGCAUUAAGGGAUGUGUGUGCCAGCCUGGUUGGCAUGGUCUGCAAUGUGAAAAAGAAGGUGCACCGGAUGAAUCACCUCAGAUAGUGAACUUACCCAGUACAGUGGAACUCAAUUCAGGCUCAGAGUUUAAAUCUACCUGCAUAGUUACUGGCAAACCGCUUCCUACAGAAGGUGAAAUCACAUUGAUAAAAAAGGACGGGUCAGUCCUUCAGCCUAUCACAGUGGCCAACAGAAGCAAUCGAUCAGAAGCAACAGAAGCCACAUUUCACAUCGAGAAUGUCCAGCCUUCUGAUUCUGGAAUAUGGGUUUACAGUGUUGAGACAGUAGCAGGCAUGGUGGAGAAACUGGUCCAUGUCACAGUUAAAGUUCUUCCUGUGCCUCAAAAAGAACCAACAUUGGUAGAAAGAGGACAUAAUUUUCUCACCAUUGCAACAAAUGCUGAUUCAUACUCCGGAGAUGGACCGAUUGUAUCAACUAAAAUUCUCUAUAAAAGUGCCAAAAGUCCAUGGAAGUCAGAGGAAGUCACUGAAAAGACCAAGAGGCUAGACCAUCUGGAACCAAACACGGAAUAUUUUUUCUGUGUCCGGCUGACUCGCAGAGGAGAGGGGGGCACAGGACAUCCGGGGCCAACAGGCAGUUUCACUACAGCUGCUGUUGGUCUCCCUCCACCAACAGGCCUCACCCUCGUUCCUCAAAGUACAACCGCUCUGAAAUUGUCGUGGCAGCCAGUGGUUCUGCAUGGGGAAGGCGACAUCCGCAUGGAAGUGGAAAAGAAGAGUGUGGCAGAUAUGAGUGACAAGAGUACGGAUAGGUUUCCACUGCAACGAAAUCAGUCUACUCUGCUCAUUGACAAUUUAGAGCCCAGGCAUCAGUAUAUGUGCCGAGUCCGUGUGAACAGCAAGUCGGAAGGAGAAUGGAGUGACUAUCUGUAUGCAUGGACCCUCAGUGACCGAAUUCCUCCUUCACCGGAUAAUGUCAAGAUUAUGAAUGUCACAGACUCCUCUGCGAUUAUCUCUUGGUCCACUGCUGAAGGACACUCCAUCUCCUCCAUCAUCCUCAGCUGCAACAUUAAUGGCAAGACCGAGUACAACCAGAUUGAUGUCACCAUAAGAAAUACCACCAUUACCCAGUACCACCUCAAGGGUCUUGAGCCAAACAGUGAAUAUCAGGUUCAGAUAAAGGCCCGGAACAAUGUCGGAUUAAGCACACCAAGCCCUUCCUAUGAUUUGAAAACUCUCCCAGAAACCAAAGUUCCGCAUGAGCCGAAGGGAGGGAGGAUGCUGCUGAUCGCAAUCCUCGGCUCCGCAGGGAUGACGUGCUUGACGAUCCUGCUGGCCUUUUUCAUUAUGCUGCAGCUGAAGCGUGCCAACUUCCAGCGGCGAAUGGCCCAGGCCUUCCAAAACGUGGUGAGAGAUGAACCAGCAGUGCAAUUCAAUUCUGGAACUCUUACCCUGAACCGGAAAGCCAAAAAUAGUCCAGAUUCAACUAUUUACCCAGUUCUGGAGUGGAAUGACAUCAAAUUUCAGGACGUGAUUGGAGAGGGCAACUUUGGCCAAGUGCUGAAAGCACGAAUCAAGAAAGAUGGAUUACGAAUGGAUGCCGCCAUCAAAAGGAUGAAGGAAUACGCCUCCAAGGACGAUCACAGAGAUUUUGCGGGAGAACUGGAAGUACUUUGCAAGCUUGGACAUCAUCCCAACAUCAUAAAUCUUUUGGGGGCAUGUGAACAUCGAGGCUACCUCUACCUCGCGAUUGAAUACGCGCCCCAUGGAAACUUGCUAGACUUUCUGCGGAAGAGCCGAGUCCUUGAGACUGAUCCGGCUUUUGCCAUUGCCAACAGCACGGCCUCCACACUUUCCUCCCAACAGCUCCUGCACUUUGCAGCAGAUGUGGCCAGAGGAAUGGACUACCUGAGCCAGAAACAGUUUAUCCACCGGGAUCUGGCAGCAAGAAACAUCUUGGUUGGAGAAAAUUAUGUUGCAAAAAUAGCAGACUUUGGGUUGUCUAGAGGCCAAGAGGUUUAUGUUAAAAAGACCAUGGGAAGGCUUCCUGUGCGAUGGAUGGCUAUUGAAUCCCUCAACUACAGCGUGUACACCACAAACAGUGAUGUGUGGUCAUAUGGUGUGCUACUGUGGGAAAUAGUUAGCUUAGAAAAUGAAGUCAACCUUCUGGAUUUCCCUGUAUGUCGCACCACAUUCCUUUAA